AUGUUAGAGUCACAUUCACCUCACCAAAACAACCAACAGUUAGAGUCACAUUCACCUCACCAAAACCACCAACAGUCAGGGUCACAUUCACUUCACCAAAACAACCAACAGUCAGGGUCACAUUCACCUCACCAAAACCACCAACAGUUAGGGUCACAUUCACCUCACCAAAACAACCAACAGUUAGAGUCACAUUCACCUCACCAAAACCACCAACAGUCAGGGUCACAUUCACCUCACCAAAACCACCAACAGUCAGGGUCACAUUCACCUCACCAAAACCACCAACAGUUAGAGUCACAUUCACCUCACCAAAACCACCAACAGUUAGAGUCACAUUCACCUCACCAAAACAACCAACAGUUAGAGUCACAUUCACCUCACCAAAACCACCAACAGUUAGAGUCACAUUCACCUCACCAACACCACCAACAGUCAGGGUCACAUUCACCUCACCAAAACAACCAACAGUCAGGGUCACAUUCACCUCACCAAAACCACCAACAGUUAGGGUCACAUUCACCUCACCAAAACAACCAACAGUCAGGGUCACAUUCACCUCACCAAAACAACCAACAGUUAGAGUCACAUUCACCUCACCAAAACCACCAACAGUCAGGGUCACAUUCACCUCACCAAAACCACCAACAGUCAGGGUCACAUUCACCUCACCAAAACCACCAAUAG